AAUAUUAAUUAAACAGCUCUCUACACAGCUACAAGAAGACUGUUCUGUCCAAAUUUCAACAACACAGGGCAACCAAAUAAUUUGCUUAAAAAUUCCAUCUGUCUUUACGACGUAGCCAUAAAAUGCAAGCAUAAAACAUGUUAUCGAAGUGCACAGAAACUCAUUACCGAAGGAAAUCGGAAUCUUGGAAUAAAUAUCUAAGAUGAAACAAAAAUGGUUAUACAUAUUAACGUAGGCAUAAUUAAAACUGUUUUUAUUUCAAUAGUAGUGAACAAUUUGUUUAGGAUAGGAGCAACAGACUUAUCCGCGGAUGACGGUCAAUUGUUUAACAAUGACGAUGAACCUCUGGACGUGGAUAGUCAGAACCAAUACAAUAAUGAUGAACAGCAGAAAUUCAAAGUAGAAGAAACCAUAAUGAGACAAAAGGAUGAUUAUGAUAAUGAAGAAGAUAUUAAAGCUUUGUUAGAAGAGAAGUAUAAGUUUAAGAAUGAUGAGACGUCUACCAGGUUUAAGGUGACAAAGGAGGAGAGAGGAGAGUUUCCAGUCUUCCCUGAGAACCACGAUGAACGCCACAUAGCCUGGGCGUUCCGGUCGUAUGCCGUGCGCCGUAUCGUGGGCGGCAUGGAGAGCAGCGUCAGCAUGUACCCGUACAACGUGGCCAUCUCCAGGAAUGCCAAGCACUGGUGUGGAGGAUCCAUCAUUGAUGAACAGUGGGUGCUGACUGCUGGACACUGCUUGGAAUCGGCCUUUGAUGGCGACAAGAGGAAGCUGCAGCCGUUCAUAAUCAGAGCUGGCAGCUCCUUCCACAACCGAGGAGGAUACCAAGCGAGGGUCAAUAAGGUGUUCUUCCCUCACGAAUACGUGCCGGGCAACGCAGACUACGACUACUCCCUACUCCGCCUGGACCGGCCCAUGCCCAUAGGCCGCAACAUAGCAGUGCUGAACCUGCCCUCCAAGGACUAUAUGAUGAAGGAGAGUGACAUCCUCAUCGUCACAGGAUGGGGGAGUACAGAUGAGUCCGGUUACGGUCACAUCCCGGACCGCUUGCGGUUCGUGCCGGUGCCGGUGAUGCGGCUGGAGGACUGCCAGAAGUCGUACCGGUUCUACAUCACGCCGCGGAUGCUGUGCGCCGGGUACGCCACCGGCGGGAAAGAUGCUUGCAAUCAUGACUCCGGCGGUCCAGCAGUGAGAGACGGCGUGCUGCUCGGCAUAGUAUCGUUCGGCGGCAAGCAGUGCGGCGACCCUCGCUCCCCGGGCGUGUACAGCCGCGUGUCGGAGAUCACGGAGUGGGUGGAGGACACCAUCACCAACAACGAGGCCAACACGGUGCCUGAACUCAUGCCCAAGAUACAGAAGGCGAGGCAGAGGGAGAAGGAGUUGCAGAAAUUCAAAGCAAGAGUAGAAGAUAAGAAAAACAAAAUCAAAACAUGGCUCCGUGAGACUCUCAAGUCACCGACGUUCAUAGAACUAGCCAAAAAGAAAUUGAAAGAAGCUGGUUUCCAUACGAGAAGGACGAAUGAUUACGACACGUUAAAUGUGAGUAGUCUUGAUGAUAAAAUGAUAGAUGAAAUAAACCUUACAAAUAUGAUUAAUGAUAGAAUUUUAGACGACGGUGACGGUUCUGAGUCGGAUAAAUUACUAAGAACAUUAGCGUUGCAUGAAGUUAUGUUAAAUGAUAGGAGCACCGAGAUGUUUGCCCACAGGACAAAUCCAGAAGAUGACAGUGACAGUACGGAAAGCUUUAUUGCUUAUAUUAGUGGAAGUAGAUGAAUAAAUAUUGUUAAC